AUGGCAGCAAAUUCAACCGCUAGAUGUUGUCGUAAACUCUUUCAGGACACUGCUCCACGAGCAGCAGUUCAGGAUACAAUGAAGAAUCUCAUGCGCUUGGAGGCAGAGCGAAUGGCAACCAAGUGGAACUUCGACGUGACCAAGGCUAGCUCCUACACACCGGUGCCUGAGCCGACCACAAGUUCUCACCCGACUUUGCAAUGGCAGCUCUUCCAACCCAAGGCCUCCUUCUAUGCGAGAUCACCACGGCGUCUGAAGGCCCGCAGACGACUCAACCCCAGCCUUGCACAGAAACUCUGUCAAGAGCUAUACGGGCCGCGGAGGACGCUCUCAGACAUUAACUUUAGUGGUCUACUGGGUCCCGACUUCAAAUUCGGAUCCCCGCAGCCAGAGCGUGGGGUGGCACAACGACUGACUCCGGAAGAAACGCCGGGAUUAACUGUAGGCCACGUGGUUGGUACGCUUCCAGUUUCAUCAUCCUUGCCCAGCGGCAGUACUGAUGAAGAGCCUGCCUGUCCCUGCUCUUCCUUCGCCGAACCGACCUCAAUGUUUGGGGAAUUUUUCCAAUGCAAUCAACACAGUCCGAUUGCGGAGACCAUAUUCGGACCCAGACCAGCAAAUACCCUCAAUGCUAACAAUGAGCAAGUCCCCACUGGGAAGAGAAAGUCCGAGGCCAGGGUCACCGGUGAGUUAAAAAGCAUAUUUUAGGGUUAAUGUAGUGUACUUGAAAUGUUCUGUGAACCGAUCCUCGUCAGGGACCUUUAAAAUGCCGUGCAGAAAUCUCAGUCAUUGGUAAAUUACUCACACAUUUCUUAAGAUGGGACACUGACAACCAAUCAGACUCUGUGACCUGCUAUAGGAAACUUAAUUAAAUCGGUCUGCAGGUUUGAAUUAUUGAUCGCCACAAUUAGAUUGGCAGUAAGAAACGGCAAAUCGAAUAAUGCCAAACACCUGUUAGGCGACUGCAGGGUGGAUUUUUCCCCGGCUAGAUCGCAAUUGGUAGUCAGGAAUGGAGAAGCGGACGGCUACCUUAACCCUAACCUCAACCUUAAACGUUAUCCGUUAACCUUAAAGGCUACCCUAACCCUAGCCGAAAUCGUAAGUGUAACCGUAGCCCUUAGACAUAGCCGUAACUGAGAACCUAAUCAUAAUACGGAAACUUAAUCGUACGCUCAAACCCUGACCGUAACCCGAAAACCUAAGCCUAAGGGCAUAACCCUAACCCGAAAAUCGGAAACCAUUAACCGGUAUCCUAAUCUUAACCUCAAACGUAAAAUGGAAGCCUAAUGGGUCAGAUGUGAUUAUGGAGCCCCACAAAAUAGCACCAGUAAACAAACCCUCCCACCGUCUGCAAUACGGGUCCUGGUUACCAACUGCGAUCUAGCCUUUUCCACCGUUUAUGCUUACUUAUUUGACUCUACCUCUCACUCAAGGACCUUAUUUGCUAGACUCGUUUAAUGCCCAUUCAAUCUUUUGUCCCAAUCAAAGUGACUAUUGCCUCUUACUGUGUCCUCCCUCGCCCAUUUCAGACUUCUUCGUUAUUAACCGACGUCCAAAAGUUGCGAAAAAAUAG